GUUCUGUGUUUCGGAUUUCAGAUUCAGUAGUUUGAGAAGGCCGUUCGUCUGGUGCUAGUGCUCGAUCAUGUUUUGGGGCAUCUUGUUGUAUCCGGGCAGGAACUACAAAACAGUCGUCGACAAACCAUUCCGUAUCGCCCGAGCAACUCUUGAAUUUAAAAAAAAAGACGAGAAAGCGUGCGUGAAGCUCAAGUACAAAGACGUGGAGUUCAUCUUGUGCUACUUGGAUGGAUCGAAAGACACUCAAGUUGGAUUGGACUACGCUUUCGAUCGAGGCGAAGAACUCAUUUUCACUGCCGAAGGGGCAGGGAUAGUCCAUUUGACGGGAUUGUCUGAAGUUGAUGAUGAUGAAAGUUUACUUUACGGUUCGGAUGAGGAAGAGCAAGCGAAUCUUGUCGGAAAUGCCCAAGAGGAUUCGCCGGGAAAGCGAAGAGGCGCGAAGCGCGCUCGCAGUGACACUCCUGCAGAUAGCGAUGAUGAAGACGACAGCGACGAUAAUGACUUCGAAUUUGCUGACGGUUCUGAUGAUGAAGAUAUCCCUGAGGAAGAGGAUAGUGAUGAUGAUAUAGGCGAAAUGGAGAGCUUCGACGAAGAUGAUGAAGAGGAGGAGAAAACUUCCCCGAAAAAAGCUAAGGUUGAAGCAAAGAAGCAACACAAACAGAAGGCUGAUCCCAAUGUGUCAGGGCCCGCAAAAGAUGCGAAGCAGUCCCCCGCGAAGUCAAAUGGUUCUGUGAAUGGCGAAGGGGAAUCGGCAAAGAAGAAGAAGAAAAAGAAUAAAAAGAAAAAUAAAGAUGUGGAAGCAGAAAAGAAAGGCGAAGAAAAGGGAAACCUGACUCAGACUCCGGGAGGAAAGAAAUCCGAAAAUAGAGGUGGGAUCCUCAUCACGACUAUUCAGGCAGGGAAUGGACCUGUUGCAAAGAAGGGUCGCAAGGUCAACGUGUAUUACCGUGGAAAACUGAAGGCUAAUGGAAAAGAGUUCGACAAGGUAAUCGAUGGGAAGGGCUUCGGUUUCAAUCUUGGAGGUCAAGAAGUGAUCAAAGGCUGGGAUAUUGGCGUGGAAGGGAUGAAGGUCGGCGAGAAGCGUCGCCUCGAAAUUCCUCCCAAGUUCGGAUAUGGUCCCAAGGGAGUUCCGCCAAGCAUCCCACCAAACUCCACGCUGAUCUUCGAUGUUGAAUUGAAAGCUAAAGACCAAAUCAUGAGUGCAAAGCGGAUUCAGCCUUCUUGGAAGCCUCCAUCCACCAAUGAGCCCUCAAAACUGCGCAUCUUCAAUAGCCUUACAAGAAAAAAGGAGGAAUUUAUUCCGUCAAAGGGUAAUAGGAUAACUUGGUACAGCUGUGGUCCAACUGUCUAUGACGACUCGCACAUGGGCCACGCUCGUUCCUACAUUUCUUUUGACAUCUUGCGGCGCGUAUUAAGCGACUAUUUCCGUUAUGAGGUCUUCUAUGUGAUGAACAUCACCGAUGUGGAUGACAAAAUCAUCAGGAGAGCGAGACAAAAUCAUUUGUUCGAAUCGUACAAGAAGAGUAACCUUACCUUACCCCAAAUUUUGGCUGACGUUGGCGAGGCGGUGGUGAACACGAAAAACAGUGUGCUUGCCGAACAGGAUCCAGAGAAGAAAGCUAUGUUUAUGAAACGGUUGCAGAAGGUUGAAGAAGCCGUGCUGAAGGUGGAUGAGGCCAAGGGUAAUCUGGAUGAAUUGGAGAAGUCGAGAACCCUUCUUCUCGAAGCCGCUGCGGACGCAUUGCAAGACUGGCUGGACUCGAAGCUCGGUCAUACUGUUACUGACAACUCAAUCUUCUCGUCGUUGCCCGCGGAAUACGAAGCUAGGUUCAAUGCUGACAUGAAAGCCCUGGGUGUGCUUCCUCCUGAUGUGGUUACUCGUGUGAGCGAGUACAUUCCAGAAAUUGUUCAAUUCGUGCAGAAGCUUAUCGACCGCGGUUUUGCAUACGUUUCUCCAACCGACGGAAGCGUGUACUUUGAUGUCGGAGCAUUUGAUGGGAAUGAGAAACAUCAUUACGCAAAGCUGGUUCCCGAAGCUUUCGGAGAUGCCAAUGCUUUAGCAGAAGGGGAAGGCGUGCUUUCUGGUGCUGGAACCGGGAAACGAGCGGUGACUGAUUUUGCUCUCUGGAAAGCUUCUAAAGUUGGGGAACCAGGCUGGGAAUCACCGUGGUGUGCACGUGGCAGACCAGGUUGGCACAUUGAAUGCUCUGUUAUGGCUUCGGAAAUCCUCGGGUCUACGAUGGACAUACAUGCUGGUGGAGUGGACUUGAAAUUCCCACAUCACGAUAAUGAGUUGGCGCAAUCUGAGGCCUACUUCGGAAAUGAUUCAUGGGUUCAAUAUUUUCUGCAUACCGGUCAUUUAACCAUUUCCGGGUGCAAAAUGUCGAAGUCGCUGAAGAAUUUCAUCACGAUUAGGGAAGCAUUGGCUUCUCAUUCUCCGCGUCGUCUAAGAUUUGCCUUCUUGCUGCAUUCUUGGAAAGAUACGCUGGAUUAUUCGGAAAAUACCAUGGAGAUGGCUGCACAAGUUGAAAAGAAUUUCAAGGAAUUUUUCUUGACGGUGAAGGACUUGUUGAGAAGAGUGGCCAAGUUUCGAAAAUGGACCUCCAGUGAAAUUGAUCUGCAGAAUCUACUGAUGGAAAAGAAAGACGCCGUUCAUUCAGCUUUGUGUGACAACAUAGAUACAAGAGGCUCUUUGGACGCUUUGCGAGAGCUCGUGUCAGCGUCCAACGUCUACAUAAAAUCGAAAUCUAAUAGCUCUGAAGUUUGCCAUGAGUUAUUGGAAUCCAUCGCCGGAUAUGUAACGAGCAUAUUAAAAGUAUUCGGCGUGAUAGAGUCUGGAGAUACUCUGGGAUUUUCCACCAUUGAUGAUGGUAGUGGGGAAGGAGUAGGACUCGACAAAGAAAAGCUAUUAUUGCCGUUCGUCGAAUGCAUAGCUAGUUUUAGAGAAGACGUCAGAGGCAAAGCUUUAGAAGUGAAAGCAGUGGACGUGCUGAAGCUUUGUGAUGUGUUGCGGGACCAGACCUUGCCCGAGCUUGGGGUUAGACUGGAAGAUCUCGGGGGUGAUAGACCAGCGGUCAAAUUCGUAUCCAAAGAGGAAAUAGCCAAGGAGAAAGCAGAUAAAGAACGUCAAGCAGCCGCCAAAAAAGCCGAGUUAGACCAUAAGAAAGCGGAGCAAGAUGCCGCGAAAGCAGCCAAAGAUGCCCAGCGUCGGAUUCCCCCAGAAAAGAUGUUCCUUUCGCUUACAGACAAAUACUCUAAAUUUGAUGAUCGAGGGAUGCCCACAUAUGAUAUAGAAGGAAAAGAAAUUGCCAAGUCUCAGCUGAAGAAACUCACGAAGCUUCGGGAAGCGCAGGAGAAGAAGUAUAACGACUGGUUGAAGGAGCAAGGUGAUGUGAAAUAAAUAAAUACAAGGAUUAUGUUCAAAAUUAUCUCCGCGAUUCAUUUUCGUCGUGUGAAGUCGUCAAUUGAUGCCGAGACUCAUAAUUUCACCAUCACAGAAAAUACGCGUUGAUGUAAGCUUUGUGUCGACUGCAUUCAUCAUCUUCGUGUGUUGUUGCGUUUAUGCGAUUAUAUCUUGAAUCAUCAUGGACCCGGAUAUUGCUAAGCGAUUGUUCGACGAAGGUGGGACAUUCGUUCUCCUCGACGUACCUGUUGGAACUGAAUUUGGCAUUGACAUGAAUACUUGGAACGUUGGGGAUAAGUUUCGGGGCGUGAAAAUGAUUCCUCCUGGUUUACAUUUCAUCUAUUACAGUGCAGUAAGUAAAGAGGGAUCAACAGCACCGCGAACUGGCUUUUUUCACUGGUUCGAGAAAGAAGAAGUGCUUGCUCGCUUCUACAGCGCCAAAGAUGAAGAAAUCACGGAUCGAAGAGCUACGGAAGAUGAACUGGAGAGGUUCAAGGCUAACAAGAAGGAAAUGGACACAUUCUUAGGCGUGUAUCCUUAUGAAUCUUGGAAGCAGUGGGUCUCCAUCACUAAUCACAUCUCAAAAAAGCUGCUGGAACGAAUUCAACCCCUCUGUGUGACAAUAGCAUCUGCCAGUAAUCUCGUUCGCCGAGAAGAGCAGGAAGAGAACAUUGUCGGAGAACCGUCAGAACGCAAGAGACACAAGGGUUCUGGGAGUGCAACGCGAGAAGAAGACUUGAUGUCGCAUUUGAUUUGUGCUCCGGGUACGGAGAUUCGGUGGGCACCAUGGCCUUCCAAAUGCUACCCAGAAGGUUCAUCUCCUCAAGAAAUUUCGAGGCAUUCGCUGGAUGCUUCGUUCCAGUUGGAACAACUUGCUGGAUCCUGUGCUGAAGGGUGGAGUCAAAUUUUAGGAGAAUUGCAGUUUGCUUUCGUUUGCUUUCUCGUCGCCCACGUCUACGAUAGCUUUGAGCGUUGGAAGAGACUCAUCGACGUGAUUUGCAGAAGUGAAAAAGCGCUGCAUGAUCACCCCGGUUUCUUCAUGGACUUCAUGACGGUUCUUCAUUUUCAAAUAAAACUUGUUCCGCAAGAUUUUUUUGCUGAUAUUGUUUCCAACAACAAUUUCCUGAUCGAUGCCUUGCGGAAGUUCUUUCCCAAUGUCGAAGAAGAGGGUAGUGAUGCACUGGUCAAACGUGCCAAAAAGUUUAAAGAACAUUUGCAGGACAAGUUCGAGUGGGAUUUUGAGGAAGAGAACGAAGAUGAUCAACCCGUUGUUGUGGAUUUGUGAUUUCUUAUGCUUUUACAUAAAAGACGAGGUCGUGUUGUUCCAGCUUUCAUAUUCUUGAAUGAAAAUUCGAGUGCGUUGUAAACCAGGACAAAGUUGACCGAUUUUCAAAUAGUGAUACCUUUCGUAAGUUCGAUGCUGUGUCGUCGAGAACGUGUGCAUGAGAUCGUUUCAGUUGAUCUCUGAUUUUAUUGCUUGAAGUUUACUUGGUUAAACAAGCAUUGAUGAAGAUUAUAAAGUCGUAUGUAGGAUUUUAGAGGAAAUUUUCCCGCGAUAAACAGGAUGGCAUUAUUGCUUCGUCACCUUCGCAUUUUGGUUCUGCCAGUUUCGUAAAUUCCAAAAUGAUAUCCUGAGAAUAUUACUUUGAAAAUGGUCAAUUUUUCCUGGUCUGUCCUAUGUAUUGACGUUCAUUUUUCCACUUGUAUGCAGAUGUUUUUCAAGCUUCCUGCCCGAAGUAUGUCAACAUUACCUGUGAUAAAAACUCCUGUUUACCUACGUAAUAUGGAAAAGCGCUUCGCAAACCGACUCAAGCGGAAGCAGGAAGAAUCUCAAGAGCAGCGAGUGAAAACGCAAGAAUUGCGUCGACAACCUUUGAUGAUCGAGUGCAAAAACCAGUCAUUGAACCAUUACUUGAAGCAGACUUAUGCAAAGUUUGACACGGUUCCUUUGGCAUCAGCCGGUUGGAAGAAAGGUAAAUCAGUUGGAGACUUUUUCACGAUCAAGAAUUCUGGCGAGAACCCUGCUUUCCGAGAAGAAGACUCAAAUUGGAAUGAUAUGGGCUUAAACUCGGAUAUCGUCGAGGAAGUGAUAGCGAAAGGAUACCAAAAACCGACGAUUAUUCAAGAACAAGCUAUUCCCGCGAUUCGACAGGAUUUGCAUUGUCUCAUCUGCGGAGAAACCGGCAGUGGGAAAACUUUGGCCUACGUUCUACCAAUAGUGGAAUCUGUGCGACGUCUUCGCAGUCUUCAGCACGCUCGAGUAAACAAGCCUUUCGCGUUCGUUAUCACUCCUGGCCGAGAACUUGCAAUACAAGUAGCUUCUGUGUUCUUGAAUUUCCCCGACAUACGAGUCAAUCUUGUGACCGGAGGUAGUUUCGAAAGGAAACUCUCGAAUGUUACGCCCGAGGAAGUCGAUAUCGUGAUCGGCACUGUUGGAAUGCUGGGGAAGUUCUUUUUCAACAAUGUUUACGGAACGGGUUUUGUGAAGCACGUCGUUUUGGACGAGAUAGAUACGUUGGUAGACAAGAGUUUUUGGUUCAGGACGCGGAAGAUUUUGGAAAAUUUCUUCAAUACCCCGAUGCAAGCCGGAAUUAAUCCACGGGUAUGUUUGGUCGGUGCGACGAUUCCCAAGACUCUGGAUGAAAUUGGCGACGGGCUUCUUCCGUUGUCCUUGAUAGAGAGGAUCAUUUCUCCGAACGUCCACAAAAUCAUGCCGCAUGUGGAACAGAGAUUUGUACGGAUAGCCAAGAAGGAGCGAGCGGAACGUUUACUGGAAACGGUGAAGAAAGCCGUGUCUGAAGAUGAAUCCGUGCUUGUGUUCUCCGCAAAAUCUGCAACUGCAGAUUGGGCGUCAUGUUUUCUCAAGGAAAAUGGUGUCCGUGCCGUGAAUUACAACGCCGCAAUGCUGAAAAAUAUCAGAGACGAUAGUUUCCGAUUAUUCAGGAGCGGCGCUGCGAAUGUCCUUUCCUGUACUGACCUGGGCUCCAGGGGACUGGACACGAGCAACGUCCGGCAUGUCAUCAACUUUGAUUUCCCCACAUCUGUAACUGAUUACAUCCACAGGUGCGGACGACUGGGACGUGUUGGCGGCAUUGAGAACUGCCGCAUGACCUCCUUGGUGUGGUCUAAGCAUUCGAUUGAGCUUCUCCAAAAAAUUGAGUACUCAGUGCGAAAGGCCCUUCCCUUGGACAAUCCCCUAUUCGAAUCUUACUUUUCUUCAAAUAUUCGGCGAUAUGGUUGAGAAUUUUGAAUAAUGCCGUCGUUUCCAA